CCUCUGUAGUGACACCAUGGCUACAAGCAGAGCAUUGUUUUAAUUUGUUUCAAAGUAGAUUAAUUUGACUUGAAAAGACAUUAGUACUAACACCUCAGGAAAAAAGAAAACAAGGUAAUGGUUAAUGUAUUUCUUCAUGCCAUCCGCACUUUGAUACCUGCUCUCAGCAGUUUUUUUGCCGUCUAGAAACAUCCUUCAAAUCAUUCACAUAUCAUAGUGUACUAAUCACAACCAAAGUGCGAGGCUUCUGGGCAUACGGACAGAACACAUUUUCUAAUCUUGUUAUAAUCAUUUAAUAGUGUAUAUUAUCACUAAUUUCCAAUGGAACUUCCAAACAGUGCUGUGGCAAUGUUCCAAGUAUGGGACUAUGUGGUUUUUGCUUGCCUGUUUUUGGUAUCUUCUGGUAUUGGAGUCUUCUUUGCCAUAAAGGAGAGGAAAAAGGUGUCAUCGAAUGAAUUCUUGGUUGGCGGACGGCAGCUGACCUGUGGUCCAGUGGCACUCUCUCUCACAGCCAGCUUCAUGUCAGCAGUGACUGUUAUUGGAACUCCCUCAGAAGUAUACCGCUUUGGGGCUACAUUUAUUAUCUUUGCCAUUGCCUACACAUUGAUGGUGAUCUUGACAGCAGAGCUCUAUCUUCCUGUGUUCUACCGGUCAGGCAUCACCAGCACAUAUGAGUAUCUCGAGCUACGCUUCUCUAAGGUGGUCCGUAGAGCUACUACUGUCAUUUACACAGUGCAAACGAUUUUGUACACAGGGGUAGUGGUGUAUGCUCCAGCUCUAGCUCUUAAUCAAGUGACAGGGUUUAAUCUCUGGGGAUCCAUAUUUGCUACUGGAAUUGUCUGCACCUUCUAUUGUACACUGGGAGGACUAAAGGCUGUAGUUUGGUCCGAUGCCUUCCAGAUGGUGGUGAUGGUGGCUGGAUUUCUCACUGUGCUGGUACAGGGCACGCAUAAAAGUGGAGGAAUGAGUGUAGUAUGGGAGACAGCACAGGCUGGACAGAGACUAAACGUGUUUGACUUUGACCUCAGUCCUCUGAGACGUCACACGUUCUGGACAGUCUCCGUUGGGGGCAUGUUCACAUGGCUGGGCAUCUAUGGUGUAAACCAGUCCACCAUCCAGAGGUGUAUUUCCUGUAAGACAGAGACCCAUGCUCGCUGUGCUCUGUAUCUGAAUCUGCUGGGUCUCUUGUUGAUUUUGUUCUGUGGUGUGGUCUCAGGACUCAUCAUGUACACGUUCUACUCCCAUUGUGACCCCUGGACAGCUGGCUUUGUGUCAGCUCCUGACCAGCUCAUGCCAUACUUUGUACUGGAGGUAUUGGGCAACUUUCCAGGUCUGCCUGGGCUGUAUGUGGCUUGUGCUUUCAGUGGCACUCUCAGCACAGUGGCUGCCAGCAUCAACGCUCUGGCUACAGUGACGUAUGAGGACUUUGUGAGCCAGUGUUUCAGAAACCUCUCCAACAGAGCAGCUAUGUGGAUCAGCAAAGGCCUGUGUGUGAUGUUUGGAGUGAUCUGUACAAGCAUGGCAGUAGCAGCAUCAAACAUGGGAGCAGUUUUGCAGGCUGCUCUCAGUAUCCAUGGCAUGUGUGGAGGGCCGACGCUUGGUCUCUUCUCUUUAGGAAUUUUAUUCCCUUUCACUAAUACUAUGGGGGCUAUAGGAGGUCUGAUACUGGGCAUUUCUUUGUCCUUUUGGGUGGGACUGGGAGCCUUCAUCCACCCUGCUUCCCACAACAGCACUCGCCCCUUGCCUCUGAGCACAGAGAGCUGUUACCUGUUGAACAUCACAGUUACGGCUGUCACUCAGACAGCCAGCUCAGAUACAGGAUCUGUGCUGGCUGAGUCCUGGUACUCCAUGUCCUAUCUGUAUUAUAGUGCAGUGGGUUUUCUGGCCACAGUUAUAGGAGGCCUGCUCAUCACUCUGAUAACAGGCCCCAAUAAGCCACAGGAGGUGAAGCCUGGACUGAUUCGGCCGGUGUGUGACCUGUUCUGCUUUUUCUCAGAGAAAUGCAGGACCAUGUGCUGGUGUGGCGUCCAUCAUGCAGAGGACAAAGUGGAAUUGGAUGGUGUGGAUUUUGGAACAGCGUGGGAGAAUCAGCCAGAUCAGGACAUUAAAAGUGAGAUAAAUGGAAGCAAUCUGAGUAAUAGGAUGCAGGAUGAGGCUUACAUUAAUGCAGCUUUUGUCCCAGAAAGAGCUGGCCAUGUAAUGUCAAAACAGCUAUAAGCUUGAAAAAAAUACUUUACAUUACUUAAACUACAAAACAUGACACAUGCCAUUCCAUACAGGGAACAAACAAACAAAUAAACAAACAAUCAAAAAACACCAACCAUGCCAGUUAAAAGAUACAGUCAAUGAUUUAUUACAGAAAAAAGUGAUAUCCAAAUUUAUUCUACAGAUGUUUUGUACAUUUUUUUCUUUUUUUUGUUUCUUUAUUCUUCUUCUUUUUUUUUUUUUACAUGUAAACAGGGAUGGUGUAAACAAAGCACGCUGUUGAUAUUGUUUAUGUCAUCAUAUUAAUCAAGUACAAAUCAGAAUGCACUGAAUGUGCUAUUGUACUGAAACAGUCUGCAUGGUACAUACUGGGCUCAUGGUACAUCACCAGCUCAUAUGGUAGGGUGAGAGGUCAGCAGGUGAUUAUAUAUCUAAUCCUUUUAACUCAUUGAGUGAGCAAAUAUUGCCUGUUUAACAUAUUACCCGUCAUGAGUCACUGCAAUUGUGCAUAUCUCACUAAUGCAUAAAGGAUAUUACACUCUUUCAUAACUACAAUCAGUAUUAUUUUGCAAUGUAAGCAAUGUAAAAUGUCAUGUCAUAGCCAUUGCUUUUUAUAGAAUACCUGAUUUGAAAAUAAAUGACACUCCAGUUUUGUUUAUUCGACUGAAGUUUGUGUCACAAUAACAAGUGCUCUUGUUCCUAAUUAAAUAAAUCUAUUUUAAAUAUGGA